CGAAGCCUAAUCAACAGUAAGUUCGAAUCGGUCCAUUUUCUUUACUCUCUUCUUUUUUUCUUCAAAUUUUCUUAUUUUCUCUACGAAGAAAAAGUGGAGGCAAUAGUAGUAUAGCAGGGCACUGAGAUCUGCUAGCAGCCGCUUCGAAAAUGGAGUAUCGCAAAAUCAAAGAUGAGGAUAAUGAUGGAGGAACAGUAAGUGAUGACAUUGAGAAUCUGCGAGGCAAAGGGUUUUCGGGUGCUUCUGUAAGUAAUGUGCCUGUAAGGGAACAGUCCAAGUGGAAACGCAAGACAGUUGUUACACUUGCAUUGACUUUUCUUACAAGUUCACAAGCAAUACUUAUUGUCUGGUCGAAGAGGGCUGGGAAGUACGAGUAUAGCGUUACAACAGCAAACUUUUUGGUGGAGACUUUGAAAUGUGCAUUAUCACUUGCCGCCUUGGCAAGAAUAUGGAAAACUGAAGGUGUUACAGAAGAUAACAGGUUGAGUACAACCCUUGAUGAAGUUAUUGUUUAUCCCAUUCCUGCUGCACUUUAUCUUGUAAAGAAUUUGCUACAGUAUUACAUCUUUGCCUACGUUGAUGCUCCGGGUUAUCAGAUACUGAAGAACCUGAAUAUUAUCAGUACUGGUGUUUUGUAUCGUAUUAUCCUUAAGAAAAAAUUAAGUGAGAUUCAAUGGGCAGCUUUCAUUCUUCUAUGUGCUGGCUGUACCACAGCGCAACUAAACUCUCGUUCUGAUCAUGUACUUCAAACACCUCUGCAAGGUUGGAUAAUGGCCAUUGUAAUGGCUCUUUUGAGUGGAUUUGCAGGAGUGUACACUGAGGCUAUAAUUAAGAAGCGUCCAUCAAGGAAUAUAAAUGUGCAGAACUUCUGGUUGUAUAUCUUCGGAAUGGCCUUCAAUGCUGUAGCAAUACUAAUCCAAGAUUUUGAUGCUGUCGUGAACAAGGGUUUCUUCCAUGGAUACUCAGUAAUUACCACUCUCAUGAUCCUUAACCAUGCACUCAGUGGCAUUGCUGUAUCAAUGGUAAUGAAAUAUGCAGACAAUAUUGUGAAGGUGUAUUCUACUUCGGUGGCAAUGCUUCUCACAGCGGUUGUCUCUGUGUUUCUGUUUGGCUUUCAACUUACCCUUGCUUUCUUCCUUGGUGCUACUGUUGUGUCAGUCUCGGUAUACUUACACUCUGCAGGGAAGCUGCAAAGAUAGUGAGUUUCCUGUGCUACUUUGCCCUGAUAUUGUAAAGUCCUCUGUACUGAGGUUUUUGUUUUCAAUUUACAUUUGUUGCCCCUUUCCUCUAUUAUAGUAUAAUCUUUUGUUUUUUAAUUUGCCAAUGUCAAAGAAUUAAGUUAAGGUGAAAUUAGUCGUACAUAAGAUAUGACUCUGUUUUACUUAGUUCAAUAUUGUUAAGCUGGGUAAGUUACCAGUUUCCAAUUCUUUGUUUUACUUUUUUCAGCAGUUAAAUAGGUAGUUGAAGUGGUUAAGAAUAGAUUACAACUUCAAUUUGUAAAAUCACUGACAUAUUUAGUAAUAUGAGCUGACUAAUUUCUUUA